CCCCGCCCCCUCGCACUUCCGUGUGCCGCGGCGCCAGAGCAGGAGGCGGCGGCCGCGGGAUCCCGCGAGCGGCCCCCGGACUUCUACCCUCGGUGCCGGGACCCUUCCGGUCCCCACUGGCCGCCGGGCCAAUCCUCACCAGGCCGGUGCUGACCUCCCCGUCCACGCGCAUCGGGGAAAGCCUCGCCGCGAGACAGACCCCGGUCCUCCGGGACCCCUGGCGCCUGGCCCUGCGUCGGGAGGCUUCAUCAUGGCGCCAUUCCUGCGCAUCUCCUUCAACUCCUAUGAGCUGGGCUCGCUGCAGACAGAGGAUGAGGCAAGCCAGCCUUUCUGUGCUGUGAAGAUGAAGGAGGCACUCAGCACAGAGCGAGGGAAGACCUUGGUACAGAAGAAGCCCACCAUGUAUCCUGAGUGGAAGUCAACAUUCGAUGCCCACAUCUACGAGGGCCGUGUCAUCCAGAUUGUGCUGAUGAGGGCAGCUGAAGACCCACUGUCUGAGGUGACCGUGGGCGUGUCAGUACUGGCUGAGCGCUGCAAGAAGAACAAUGGCAAGGCGGAGUUCUGGCUGGACCUGCAGCCUCAGGCCAAGGUGCUGAUGUCUGUGCAGUAUUUCCUGGAGGAUGGGGAUUGCAAACAGUCUAUGCGUAGUGAAGAAGAGGCCAAGUUCCCAACCAUGAACCGCCGUGGAGCCAUUAAACAGGCCAAAAUCCACUACAUUAAGAACCACGAAUUCAUCGCCACCUUCUUUGGGCAACCCACCUUCUGCUCUGUGUGUAAAGAGUUUGUCUGGGGCCUCAACAAGCAAGGCUACAAAUGCAGACAAUGCAACGCUGCCAUCCACAAGAAAUGCAUUGACAAGAUCAUCGGCCGCUGCACUGGCACUGCUGCCAAUAGCCGGGACACCAUCUUCCAGAAAGAACGCUUCAACAUUGACAUGCCACACCGGUUCAAGGUUUACAACUACAUGAGCCCCACCUUCUGUGACCACUGUGGCAGCUUGCUCUGGGGACUGGUGAAGCAGGGGUUAAAGUGUGAAGAUUGUGGCAUGAAUGUGCACCAUAAGUGCCGAGAGAAGGUGGCCAACUUGUGUGGCAUCAACCAGAAGCUCUUGGCUGAGGCCUUGAACCAAGUGAGCCAGAGAUCUUCACGGAAGCUGGAUUCAGGACCAUCAGAGACUGUUGGAAUAUACCAGGGAUUUGAGAAGAAGAUGGGAGUCUCUGGAGAUGAUUCCCUAGACAACAAUGGGACCUAUGGCAAGAUCUGGGAGGGUAGCACCCGCUGCAACAUUGAUAACUUCACGUUCCACAAAGUGCUGGGCAAAGGCAGCUUUGGCAAGGUCCUGCUUGCAGAGCUAAAGGGCAAAGACCAAUACUUCGCCAUCAAAUGCCUGAAGAAGGAUGUGGUGUUGAUCGACGAUGAUGUGGAGUGCACCAUGGUGGAGAAGCGGGUGCUGGCGCUCGCCUGGGAGAAUCCCUUUCUCACCCACCUCAUCUGUACCUUCCAGACCAAGGACCACCUGUUCUUCGUGAUGGAGUUCCUCAAUGGGGGUGACCUGAUGUACCACAUUCAGGACAAAGGCCGCUUCGAACUCUACCGCGCUACGUUUUAUGCGGCCGAGAUCAUCUGUGGGCUACAGUUUCUACACAGCAAAGGCGUCAUUUACAGGGACCUCAAGCUGGACAAUGUGAUGCUGGACCGAGAUGGCCACAUCAAGAUAGCUGAUUUUGGGAUGUGCAAAGAGAAUAUAUUUGGGGAGAACCGGGCCAGCACCUUCUGUGGCACCCCUGACUACAUCGCCCCUGAAAUCCUGCAGGGCCUGAAGUACACAUUCUCUGUGGACUGGUGGUCCUUUGGGGUCCUCCUCUAUGAGAUGCUCAUUGGUCAGUCGCCCUUCCAUGGUGAUGAUGAGGAUGAACUCUUUGAGUCCAUCCGGGUGGACACACCACACUAUCCCCGCUGGAUCACCAAGGAGUCCAAGGACAUCAUGGAGAAGCUGUUCGAGAGGGAGCCAGUCAAGAGGCUGGGAGUGACAGGAAACAUCAGACUUCAUCCCUUUUUCAAGACUAUCAACUGGGUCCUGCUGGAGAAGAGGAAGGUGGAGCCACCCUUCAAGCCCAAAGUGAAAUCCCCCGCAGACUACAGCAACUUUGACCAAGAGUUCCUGAGUGAGAAACCCCGCCUCUCCUACAGUGAUAAGAACCUCAUUGACUCCAUGGACCAGGCAGCCUUCCGUGGCUUCUCCUUCGUAAACCCCAAGUUUGAGCAACUCCUGGACAAGUGAGCUCCCCGACCUGCUUUACACGCCAGUAGAGCAGGCCAGUCUGCCCUAGUUCCGCAUCCGCAUGCCCGUGGACAGCCACGGGUGACUGGGUGUUUGCUGCUGCUGCCUCCUCACCUCAGAGGGUUCGGCUCUUGUUGCCUGGGCUCCCAGUACUCCUUCUGUGAACUGUUUGUGAAUUUGCUUUCCCUUUGCCAUCCGAGGGAAACUGUAAAUCCUGUGUUUCAUUACUUGAAUGUAGUUAUUGAAAUAUA